CAUUAGCCCUUGUUACGCGUCCAUGGAUACAAAAUGGCGACAAUAAAAUUCCGAUAAAAAAUUAUGGUGCUGUACGACAAUAUAAAUAUCAAUCAAAAAGUGGAAGUUCUCCGAAAUGGUCGUAUUUAUCCAGCCACCGUAAAAUAUAAAGGAACGUUGAAUGGUGUUGGUGGAGACUGGGUCGGAGUUUCAUUCGAUCUGCCUAUAGGAAAGCACGAUGGUAUGCUAGCUGGAAGGAGAUACUUCCAAUGUAAGGAUAAGCAUGGAUUGUUUACUCAAGCCUUGAAUAUAAGAUUCCUACCAUCAAGAAGAUGUUUAUAUAACAAGUAUAGGACGGUUAGCAGAAACUCAGAAGUAGAAGAGGAUCUAUUUACAAGUAUACCUAGUAAGUCAACCCUAAUUACAAUUCGUUAGAUUGUCAGUAAAGUUAUUUUAGAAGAGUACUCAAUAAUAAAAGUAAAUCAGUGGGGUCAGGAAAAUAUCGUUUAGCUGGUAACAAAAAUUAAAAAUCGAUUUACUUCGUAAUUAAUUGAAAAGUAUAGGCUGUAGAGCGAUUAGUAGAGCGAAAGAUCUUAUAAUUCCGUCUUAUAGGCCUUAACUUAUAAAUAUCUAAGGAAUAGCAGAAUGGUAAAAAGUUUUUAUUGAAAAGUAAUAAAAUAUUUCGUAAAAAACUAAAAUAUUUUUUUAAUAAAAGAUUAGUUUUAUUAUGUUGUAAAAAAUGUUUUAUUCGUUUAUUCAUAUAUCUCUUUAUCUUUCUUUCUCCCUCUCUCUUUCUCUCUCUCUCUCUCUCUCUCUCUCUUUUCGUUUAGAAUAUCCUCAUCAAUUCGGUAGCAUAUCAGAAGAUUACGUAUUGGAUGCAGACAGGAAAUUUUCAAGUCCACAACCUUUGCUCACUCAAACUUUUCCCCUACGUCAUGCAAUUUCCAGGACCGUUCCUCCUGCAACUACUGUUCGUAAUGUUCAUACCGCACGUUCUUUAACUGCAACCUAUCGAUCUACUCCGAUACAUUAUGAAUAUGAGAACGAAGAUACGAAUUUUUGCCCCACACCGACUAUCCCAAAGACGCACAUGCCGCACGAAGCGCUCAUUGAUCAAGUUCGGCGUGGAUGGAGUGCCAGGGAUCAUUACGUAAGAGAAUUAUCUGUUAACACGGCAAGAGACAGUAUUAAAUUCAAUUUAUGGAAUGAUAUCUCCGUCUAAAGUUUGAUUGAUUAUUAUUUAUUCAUUACUUUAUUUAUUUACAAGUCGUUUUUUCCCCCCUUCCCUUCCGCCUUACUUUACUACCCUUCCCCUUAUUUUAUAAACACAGAAUACAGGUUUUGAAACUUAAAAUUUUACAGUUUUGCAGUCAGCAUUACAAUGGGCAUUUCUAGAUGAAUAUUUUGGCAAAAAACAAAUACACUGUACAAACAAAUAUUUAAGAAUUUUUUAAAAAAUUAGACGACACUUCCAAAAUCUUCCUGCGAUUUUUUCAUGAUCGAUGCUAAGUGUAGAGUUUCCAACUCUGAUAAUACAUAUUCCUUUCGUUGUACUGGCUCUGUUUCAGUCUUCUUCUCCGAUGGUUUGUCUAUUUUAUUUUUUAGGUAAAUAUCACUCUUGUGUAUACUAACAUCUAAAUCGUUCCAUUUACAAGUAACCAGACUAUAAACAGAACUCCUAAAAUUAUUUGAUAUGAGGAAGAAUAGAUAGAAUUUAAUAUUGGAAUUUAAAAUAUGAAAGAAUAUAGAACAAAGUUCUAAGCUAAUCCAUUGACCUGGAUAAUUAGUUAUAUUAUUUCUCCAAUGACAAUAUCCAAAAAAUGCAGCUGGUUCCUGAACAGACCAAGUUGUAAUCUUAUAACAGAUAUAGGGAAUUUCACAAAUUAUUCUAGCUAUGCAAAUAGACCAAUGGAGCUUAAUAGUAGGGCUAUUUAUCAAUUUUUGUUCGAUAUUCUCCUUAUCCUCGUAUUUAAGGAAGAUGAUAGUUGCAGUGUUAAAGACGAUAAUAGUUAAAAAAGGGAUUAUAAUGAAGAGGAUUACAAAACCAUAUUUAUCAUAAUUAUGAAAGAAUUUUUUGACGAAUAAAUCCGAUGUACAAAUAACAUCUCUGCUAGAUCCAUCUUUAAAAUCCAUUGUAAUUAAUCUAAAUUUAAAAAAAGUAAUUAAAUUAAAAGCCAUAAUUGAUCCACACGUGACUGUUCCCAAUUUUAUAGCCAUAUUCGGCUUAUUAUAGCUAAUAGAUUUCACAGGUUUAAAUAAGUAAAUAUAAUAAUCAAAUGUCAUUAAUAUAAUAAUUCCAGACAUAAUAACUUGGAUGCAAUCUAAGAGAGGUGCAAAAUGUGAGUAAAUACGAGGAGAUACGGGUGAUGAGGAGCUUGGAUCCACAUAUUCAGUUGUAAAUAAGGAAAUAGCUAAUAACGAAUAAAUUAGAUCAGUUACAGAAUGAAAUGUCAUAUAAACGGACGGAGAAGAUUUCAUUUUCCUGAUGUUAAAGAUGAUAAUUAAAAUGAUAUUCCCAAAUAAGCCAAAACUUGAUAUUAGAGGUAAUGAUAUACCAAACACAAAAAAUUCCGGAGAACCAGCCUUUUCUCUUUCAAAGCUAUUAGCCGCCAGAGACAUAUCUCAAUCGACAACUAACCCUCUUUCGUUAAAUAGAAAUGAUAUAGUGAUACAUUUGGCCCAUAAACGGAAAUUAUAGUUAUAACAAAGAAAUAUUGAAUAAGUCAGUGAUGAUUGAAAAAUAUUUGAAAGGCCUAAAUAUUCAGCAUGUGUUAGGAUAUAUAUAGUUUUUUUUUCUAACAAUAAUACUGUUAUAUAUGAUUUUAUAGUC